AUGGACUUCCCCGGAGGUGCUAAUACUAAUGUCCAUCUCAUUGUAAGUCUAUUUCCGCAAGUUUAUGGCCUCGGACUAAACCGAUGUUGUCAGGAUGGCUUCUCCACGAUCUAUUGGAGAAUAUACACAGAAGAGUCAGGCAUCACGAGCCAGCCAUCGGAGGGUCACCCUCCAGCCAAUGGCUAUACAAUUUUAAAACAUCUUGGUCGCCUCAAAGACCUUGAGGGUAAAUUACGAAAUCUAAAUUGUCUAGUUUCGUGUCCACGGCGUCUCGGGCUGUGGGUAUUUUCCCCCACUCCCGGCUUCGAGAGUCUGAGCAACUUGUAUGUUAAGGAAGGGAGCGCAGUAUCCAAAAAGAUAUUGAUUGAUACAACUACCCUUAAAGUUUCGGCAACGGGCAGUGUCGCAUCUCAGGAUCUGAUGCGAAGUCUAUCAUCAGAGGCUCAGGCCGGGCAGCAACGGCAGCAGCAAGGUCAGCCCGCUCCUAGGAGACCUGAUGUCUAUGGUGGUUCAACUGCUAUAUAUGCCUCUUUUAUCUCCGCAGUCGCCGGCGCAAUCAGCCUUCAUUUGAUUCGCUCCCAUGGCGCUUUACCGCUGGGGUCACGCACUCUUUUUACCGCGCUCGAAAGUGUCGGCUAUGAGAGCCCCCGUGUUGAUAACGACAGCCCAUUCUCCCGAUCUUGUCUGACAACCCUAAAUGCUCAACUCAACCCCAGUGGAAUAUUAACUAUCUCUACGCAAACUAUCGUCCAGGAAGGGCUGUCACGUCUUUGCAGCCCCCAUGAUGAUGUCGCAGAUCUACUGCGGGCUCAGCCGGGAACUGAUCUUUGGAUUUGCCCAAACGGAACAGUCGCCCGACUGGUCACUGCUAACAUUGAAUCUCCCACCGCCCCUUCGCCAGGUUUUAUAGUCCCUGCAGAUGCCGCCGUGAAGAAGACGCAAUGGAAAUCAGAUGUUACUCAGUGGUUGUCAAAUUUCGGCUUGUAUAUCGAUUCCGUCGACGAGGAACCUUGGGUUGAAAUAGAAGUAUGGGAACCAUUUUUUGCAAGAUUGGCAGGAGAGGCUUGGCGGCAAGGCGAGGAAUCCCAAAUUCCGCUUCCCUUGAAACGUAUGCUAUGGCCAGCACGAUUUUGUUUCAGGCGGACCGGUUCCCAGUUGCAACGUCACAGCAAUCGAGAUUCAUGGCCUGAGAGUUUUGUGGAUGAUCCGCUCAAUUUUGCUGAGCGAUGGCCAUCAGAAGUCGACGCCAUCCUGGCAAACCAACAAACUCAAUCUGUUCCCGUUUUGGAAAAACCCCAAUCCAAAGAUCAAGACAUGACGUCGUCCAAGGUUGAAAAUGUGGAGGGCUUUGAGAGCCUCGCUCGAAUGGCACAAUACCCCGACCUGCCACCCGCCAACUUGGUUUAUCCAACUCCCCCAGAUGGGGCAGCUGCGAUUGGGAUGCAUACUAUAAAUCAAGCCGAAAAUUUCCCCGAUGAUGCAGAUUCUAAUAAUCUAUCACCUGCUGGGCCAAUGGACCCAAAAAACAACCCGAAUGCCAGACUUUCUCCUGACAUUGGCAUUGGGACUGGCCAUUAUGAUGCUAGCGAUGACGAAGAUCUCUUCGGAGAAAUGAAAGAAAGAGACUUUGGAUCACGCGGCAUUACAGACGCGGACUUCAGUUUCUUUGACGACCCAGAGCUUGACGAUAUGGAUGAUGUGCCUACCGCCCGGCUGGAGGAACCCGAACCUCCCGUUCUGGUGGAAGAGAAACCUCAAGAGAGUGUCAUAGGUAAUACAGAAUUGGAUGUUACCGCAACAAUUGAUGCUCCAGAUAUUUCUGAGGAAGCGGUAGAGGUAAAGCCGGUUGAAGCAAAGCAAGAUGACGCAGAACCACCGGAUGAGCCAAUGGGAUCCCCUGCCUCCCGUGCAUCUUCCUCAGACUCAGCUAGCCCGGCCAUAAUCAGCCCGCCAUUAAGUCCCGUGGAAGUUAAGAAGAUAUUGUUCUCGGGUGCCCGAAAGGACGAUCCCGAAAAGUCCAAUGAUAGCCGUGCUCAACAAGGCCACUAUCAUCCUGUCACUUUUGAGAAGAAGAUUGGAGACUGGGAUCACAAAUAUGGAGCUGCAGGCAAAUUCUGGUUCUCGUCCGAUAGUUUGGCUAAAGGCUCAGAUUCAUCUCCAAGCGCUAUUCCCACAAUUGGCCUUCCUCACCGUGGCAGAUCAGGGGGCAGCAUCGCACGAGCAAGCCUGGCUACCAAAACCGCUUCGCCUGCUGUUUUAGAUGAUGACAAUCAGAGCUCUUUAGAUUCAGAGAGUGAAUCUAGCGAUUAUAGCGAUGACAUGGUCUCUGAGCAUGCACAAGUCGCACCAACUCUCGUCUCUUUGAAAAGGAAGCGCGUGGCAUCUGAUUCCGACCUUCAAUCUGCGGCAUCACCAGCGAAGUCUGCCGGUGCAUCGGAUGGUAGUGCGAACUCAAAGGUUGAUAACUGUGCCUUUUUGGGAAAUUUCCUUGCUAAUUUCUCAGACUGGAAUUUUAUCGGCUACUUUUCUACUUUUCUGGUUCAACAACUUCCUGUUCUCGUCCGAAAGGAAGACCAGAUCCCUAUUGCUCAACUACUAGUUGACCAGAUCACACAGUCGUCACUCAACCAUACGCUUGGCGGCCAUAUCGGACUUUUUGACCAGGAAAGCGAGAGCUUUACAUGGCGGACCUAUUUAGAGGAAGUUAGUUUUCUGGGGGUACCUGCAAAACUCGACCUAAAAGCAUAUACCUCGCUGCAGGAAAGUAGUGCUGUUGCUGCCUCGCAGCAACCAUCAAAUCUGUCGCUGAAAGACCCGAUUGUUAAAAUACCUGCGCCGCAUGUACGUAUCCGUCGUGGCAAGGAAUAUCUGGAGGCUUUACCACCUGCCAUCUCCUUCUGGGAAACAUUUGACCUCGAGCCCGCCCAUGGUCCGAAGGACAUCUCGUCUUAUUGUAUUCAUCCUCAUGCUGCGGCGAAGGCAGCUGAUGUCUUCUUAAAUCGAUCCGGACUUCAUUAUCAGAGUUGCAACUUAGGCAGCCAUUCCAGAGGCGACAAAUCGAUGGCUUUCGAGAAUGGGUUAAAGUCAUGGGGCUCUGGAUCUUCUAACUAUGCUUCCAUGAUGCAGUCUCUAAAAGGCAUAUGUGAAGAACUCGGUAUGUCAGACUGUUAUUCGCCGAGUAUGGAUAACUGCGUGGUCUACAUCAUUAAUCCAUUCCCACAUGCUACAGCACUCGCUGAUAUAUGUGCGGCAUUUUGGCAUCUUCUUCAACAAAUGCUCGCAGAUACUGAUCGUCAACAAGGCCAGCCGAUCAAUGAAGUUGUGCUGCAAAUCAUUCCCAUGGACUUCGUGACCUCAGGAGACUCUAUGGUCGUCCCAACGCAAACAGAAUUUAUGAAUCUGAGCCUGGAAGUCUAUAGUCGCUGUCGCCCGAAGGAAACCGGUCUGAGCCCUCUCCUUUGUGCCCCUGCCAUUCUCCUAGCACACUCGUUGCCCAAGGCUAUCAACUUCCGGCUUGCUUCCGAUAAGGCAUCCCCACUCCAGGAUGGGAGAAGCCUCCACAUUGCAUGCUCCAAGAGCCCUGAUCAGCGAUGGUUAUCUGUAGCAUGGUCAGACGAAAUUGGCUCUCUUCAAGCAUGCAUGUCGUAUUGCCUGCGCUAUCGCAAUCGCGGUGCUACCAGGGCAGUCGCAGACAUACGCAAUGAGAUAUGGGCUACCACUCGGCAUAUUAUGGAGAAAUUCCAGGCUCGAUGGAAGGUUAUUCUGGCUAAUUCCGAACCUAUUGACCCCGAUGAAGUUGAAGCAUGGAAUACUUUGGCCGAGCAACAAAAUAAACUACGACCGGGCUUCAUAGAGCUGACCCUAAUCACGGUUACUACUACUCCCGACCUAAUCCUCGAACCAACACCCACUCAAAUUACAACCAACGUGCUCAUUGGCCAGCUGUCUUCCACCCCUGUCUCGACUCCCAACCCAAGUGUCAGCGUCGCUUCUCCUGAACAGUCCGCCAACGCUCCUACCCCCACCGAACCCACCUUUGAACCCGAUUCCGACGUUGUCCUCACCGAUCUCUCCGACGAGUCAUGGGCUGUUAUCCUCUCCCAUCGCCUCAACAGUUCCCCCCACAUUACCGAACUCCGCUCCGCUCUGGCAAGCGGGUAUCUCCUCCGUCGCAAAGGCACCACCGACGGCGAUGGCGUCCAUGCAAUGACCGUCAAUCUCAUCCACUCUCAACGACCUGCUUCUUCUCAUGAACCUCUCCUCAGAGAAAUCCUGGGCAUGUACCGGGAUCUUGCAUCCCUGGCUCGAGCAAGAGGCAUGCGCAGUGUACAAGGCAAUACCUUGCCCUGGCAUAUUGCGACUGCUCUUCGAGCCCAGGAGCUUCUAAGCUAUGUUUUCUAA